CGAAACACGAGUUGACUCUCUUAUCUUUGGGACUGCGGGGCUGGAUUCAGCACCCUGUCAGCGACAGACGAGGCUCCCACGCGGAGAUAAACAGCGAAGACGGGUGGGAUCCCAAGUCAAGGCGAGAAAUAUUCCUCCUCAAAGUUGAAGAAGAGGAUCACCCAGGCACGAACUCAAUAAUUUUCCCCCAGCAAGUUUCCGAUAGUCUCCAUGGAUUCUUUGAGGCGAAGCUUCACUAGUCGCUCCUUCUCAAUGGAUACCCCGAUACCAUCGACCGAACGACAGGUUAUUCACUCCAGAUACAUCGAUCGUGGGGACCUCCAGGUCCUUCUGGCAAGACUCUUUCCAGACCAACCAAGCUUGAACUUUAUCAUUAGACUCAAUAAUGAUGUCCUCAGCUUUGUCGCUCCUCGCCAGGUAACAGAGGAGGAACUCGAGUAAGUACUCAUAGCCCACCCCAGC